AUGUCUCCGGAGUGUUCCCGCCGCCGCUACGUUGCCUCCCCCACCCUGGACUGCGCCGGCAGACUUCACGCGUGGGACGCCGAAGACCAAGACUACUGUCACCGACGGAAGGACCUAGACGACGGACUCUGGUACUGGGUACCGUGCGAACAAAACCCCUGCACGAACCGUCAUCACCGUCCUGCUCGGAUCAACUCAAGGGCCUUUUCGGACGAGUUCAUCCCAGUUCCUGACUCCCCCGUUGCUGAGUCGCCCACGACUCGAUCCCCCAUCCCCGGUACUCCAACCGACGAGCUCGAAGUAGCGCUACUCAUCGCGCUUCCCCCAUCCCCUACCCUCCCCCCAACUCGCCCACCAUCCGCUCCGCCCAUCAUGGGACAACAAGGCGGACAACCGCAGGUGACAGGCCCCGCCAACAACCCCCAGCAGGCCCAACCAGGCACCCAGACGGCAACGCAACCCCCGGACCCCAUGACGGUAUUACUCCAGUCGAUGACUCUCCUCACUCAGUCCAUGGCGCAGCUCGCCAACUCGACCACCGGGGCCAACAGCCUGAAGGCGGUUCAGAAGCCCUCUCCCUUCAAAG